AGAAAGCCAUGAAAACGGUACUUUUUUCCACCGCCACCGCCAUGGAAGAAGGCGAGCGAUCGGAAGCCCGCGACAGAUGUUACUAUCCAGGUUGCCGGAAAGAUGCGAAUUGCAACUGCAAGAUUUGCUUGGACAGUAUCAACGCCACUUUGGACCUAAUGUCUUACAGUGUUCAAAAAACCUCACUCAUGAAGCUCUCUGCUUCGAGACCUAAUGUUGAAGCCACUCCGAUUUCAUUUAAUCCUUUGAUUUUGACGACACCGCCAUCGGGCACGUCUCGGAUCAUGAAGUACCCUAAUUUUAUAUCUCCGGUGAAAUUGAGUUUGGGAUUCGAGGCUGAGGAAGAGGAAAGAGAUUCAAGUUCGUUGCAUCGAUUUCUGACGUUGGUUUUUGUUCUGAGUUUGAUCUUUGUGAUGACUAUUGGGUUUUCGUGUGCGAUCGCUAGGGUUAUUAGGCCGAAGCUGUCGGUGUUCGUGCAUGAUUUGAAUGGGAAAUUGUGGGAGGUGCAGGGGAUCGUGAAUUUGGAGAUUUCUAAUGGCAGUUGCAAGGAUUCCAUGUGGGAAAUUGAUCAGGAGGGAAUGCUCUUAAGUUCAAGGUGCACAAUGUACAAAUCAGCCAUAGGGGCAGUGAGCUUAUGGGGAUGGCCUCUACAGACUGCUGGACUGUUUCGUACCGGAUUUUCGCAACGAUCGAUCACGAUCCUAUCAGGCAGAAUUAAACAGUGGUCUGAUGGAGGGAUCGAUUUGGUGGUUCGAGAGGCGAACACUUCUUUGGUUCAGAAAGGAUGGGGUGCCACACCUGUGCAAAUCAAUCCUCGUUCAUCGGUUCUCGAGUAUCGACUGAGCUCAUUGUUAGAGAACUCGAACUUGAAUACAAUGGCUGCAGAUUUCUUCAAACAUUGGAUGUCAAAAGUCAUAAGAAGACUGAAGAACAACAAGCUUUGGCUGUUCUUGGAUGUUAAAACCAUGUUUCAUCAGACUAGAACUACACAUGAUUUUAAGACUCCAACAUGAGGAGAAUGGAGUCUUAAAAUUUUAGUUUCCUUUCUUUCUUCCUCCCUUUUUGGUGGAAGCUAAAUUGCUUUAUUUCCUUUCCUAUGUCAUGUCUCUAGGAUCAAGAUGUUAGUUGAUACUAUCUGUAAAUGUAACUUCAAUGAAACAGGUUUCUAUCUAUUUGAUAGUUACUUUUUCUGGCUUGAAAUUUAUAAAAGAUAUCAGAGAACA